AUGAAUGACAGCCUUGUGGUCUCAGCAGCCAUGGACACUGCAGUGGAUGAUGGUGCUGAGUACAGAACCAGAGUGUGGGUGUCAGAGUUGUCUUCUGAAGGAACAGGUGACACAAGCCUGGAGGGUGAUGUGCGAUCCUUGGAUGCUCAGGAUAUACCACCUUUGGAUUCUGUGGAUGAUAUACUGCAGCUGGAAGGUCUGCCUCGAUCAGAGAGUCUUCAAGAAUCUGACCGAGACUGUAACAGUGUAUACGAUGAGCUGGCCCAUUAUGGUGGUGGGAUGGACGGAGUUGGACUCCCGGCGUCUAUGUAUGGAGACCCGCAUGCUCCCCGGCCGCUUCCGCAAGUCCACCACCUGAACCACGGUCCGCCUCCUCAUCCAACCCAGCACUAUGGAGCCCACGCACCCCACAACAUCAUGCCCAGCAGCAUGGGCAGCGCUGUCAACGACGGGCUAAAAAGAGACAAAGAUCAAAUCUAUGGUCACCCGUUAUUCCCUCUGCUAGCACUGGUGUUUGAAAAGUGUGAGUUGGCGACCUGCACACCGAGGGAGCCUGGAGUAGCGGGCGGCGAUGUCUGCUCGUCAGACUCCUUCAACGAAGACAUCGCUGUCUUUGCAAAACAGAUACGUGCAGAGAAACCGUUAUUUUCAUCGAAUCCAGAGUUGGACAACUUGAUGAUCCAAGCUAUACAAGUAUUACGAUUUCAUCUUUUGGAAUUAGAGAAGGUGCACGAGCUCUGCGACAACUUCUGCCAUCGGUACAUCAGUUGUUUGAAAGGCAAAAUGCCCAUAGACUUGGUCAUAGACGACCGAGAUGGCUGCAAAUCUGACUUCGAUGACCUGACAGGAUCCUCCACAAAUCUAGCAGAUCACAACCCGGCGUCCUGGAGAGACCUGGAAGACGCCCACUCCACGCCUUCUGUGGGCACCCCGGGGCCCUCCAGCGGGGGCCACGUCUCCCAGAGUGGGGACAACAGCAGUGAACUCGGAGACGGCCUCGACAACAGCCUUGCAUCACCGGGCACAGGGGACGAGGACGACCAGGACAAGAAGCGGCAGAAGAAGAGAGGCAUCUUCCCCAAAGUGGCCACCAAUAUCAUGCGAGCGUGGCUCUUCCAGCACCUUACGCACCCCUAUCCUUCAGAGGAACAGAAGAAGCAGCUAGCACAGGACACAGGCCUCACCAUCCUGCAAGUGAACAACUGGUUCAUCAAUGCCAGGAGGAGAAUAGUACAGCCUAUGAUUGACCAGUCUAACAGAACAGUGGGCCAGGGGACAGCAUACAGCCCUGACGGUCAACCAAUGGGAGGCUUUGUACUCGACGGACAGCAGCACAUGGGAAUUCGACCUGGCGGACCAAUGGGUGGCAUGGGAAUGAAUAUGGGCAUGGAUGGACAGUGGCACUACAUGUAAACCCUCUCCAACCAAGGCAAGCCUGAAGAAGACGGUGAAGCCUCCGUGGUUGGCUCAGGGAAAAUUCCAUCCUGCCGCGUGGUCCAAUGAAAGCGUGACUCCGCCCAAGUCACACCUGUACCCAUCAUCUGACCACGCCCACCUCACAAUCGCACUGGAAAAUAGAGGACCACACCUACCCUGGGACAACCCACACCUGUACAGACCCUGCCCACAUUGACCUUUACUAACUAACCCCAUGGCUGGAGGAAGACCAGGAUCUAGGAAUAAACAACAACAUUUACAGACAACAACAACAAAAUACUUCUGAAUGAACAACAGAAGCUAAAAUGACCUCAACAACAUUUUGACAAAUUAGUUUUCUUUUUUUAAAUUAUUUAUUUAUUUUUCUACAAUGGUGGACCAUUGGGACAAGAACUUUCAAGUAUUUGCUCAAGAUCUAUUGUCACAAUUGUACAUACAAACAGCACACACACACACACACACACACACACACACACACAUAUGCUCACUUACACACACACAUACGCUCACUUGUUCUCACACACACAUAUUCUCUCACACACACACACACACACACACACUACAUCCUAUGAGCACACCAUUUGAAAACAACCACUGUGGAAUAUCUAAAAAGAUGAUGGAGACUAAGACUUUUAAUAGCUGUUGUGGUGUAUAGACUUGUGCUUUUUCAUUUGACUGUUCUGUCCAUUUUUGUGCUUUUGUGAUCACUAGUUUAUAGCGUGAGAGUUUAUCACUGAUCCCACCUUUAUGUGCUGUGGACGAGAGAGAGAGAUUGACUCAGUUUGCAGCUCCAUCCAGCUCCCAGCAAAAUACCAAGCCCGCUUUUUAUAAGACUGAAAGAGCUGAUGAACUGACUCCAUACUGGUAAGGUGGAUCCUGGACUGACUUCCAUUUAGAUCGCAUUCAAAUAGUUUUAUAGCACACAGGAAGGAGGGAAGGGUUUCUACACUAAAAACCAAAAUAAAAACUCAUUUUAAAACUU